CCUAUUAAAAUUCUCAAAUCGAUUUCAUCCUUUAGAACCCUAAAAUCUAAAAAACCAUCGAAGAAGAGAGUAUGAGUAACCCAUAAGUUGUAGUAUGAUGAAUGAAUCUGGAAAUUCGAGUGGAGUCUCUGGAGCUCGAGCAAGAGGCCGCGUUGUUGGUGUGCCGAAGAGAUGUUGGUGCGGAGAAUUAACACGUGUCCCUUUCAAUCAUACACUGCGUUUUGUUUGAAUCGUUUAUGGGAUUUAUGAGUGCAUAGCAAGUGGGCUUAGACUAACGUGAUUUGGGCUCAUGACCAAACAAAAUCAUAGCCAACUUGUCACCUUCUCCUUCUUCAGACAUAGCGGCCAUGGAUUUCUAGGGUUCAUCAUGUCGUGGGAGCUCUGAUUAGGUCAACCGGCUAUGGAGUUUCAGGAGGUUUAUGUUACACGAAUCGUCAUGAAGAAGCUCUGGAUCGAAAUCUGUUUGUGACGUUUCGUCUGAGGUUCUUCUCCCUCCGACCGUUACGGAUGCAUUGAUUCGUGGUCUUAACUCAUUCUCUGUCUUAUGAAAACACAACUGAUAUUAGAGAAAAUGUUAUAUCAGAUUAUCCUGAAACAAUGACAAUGGAAGAAUCGAGUUUAGUUCGAGAGUUACAAAAAGUAAAAACUCUGGGUUAAUGUCCAUUUCAUCAUGACAAUUCCUCGGUUGAUAUGCUUUUGUAUUUCUUCAUGAUCAUCGGGGCCUGCAUGUGUUCUUGUGCUGUUGGUGGAUUUUAUAUGAGGAUGAGAAACCAGCUGCUAAAAAGGCAGCUCCUGCUACCAAGGCUGCAAGCAGUUCUGAAUCAUCUGACGAAGAUUCUGAUGAGGAAAGUGAAGAUGAAAAGCCUGCAGCUAAAAAGGUUACCAAGGCAGCUAAAAAGGAUAGCAGUAGCGAUGAAUCUGAUUCUGACGAAUCUGAGAGUGAAGAUGAGGAAGAAACCCCAAAGAAAAAGAACGCUGAUGUUGAAAUGGUGGAUUCUGAGGAGAAACUGCAUAGGAUGA